AUGGUUCCCGGUGCAACCUCCCUCUUGCUCGCUGGCGAGGCUUCGCGAGCAGGAAUGAUAGCAGGUUUUGGCACCACACUUGCCAUGACAAAAAAGAAGAACCCAGACUGGUUCAGUAAGGGGAUUACUGCCACAGCUGCAUUACCAGAGAGUGGUUCGUCACUGGCCUUACGAGCCCUAGGAUGGGGCUCCCUCUACGCAUGGUGUGGAGUUGGUUUGCUCAGUUUUGCCAUCUGGAAGGCCCUGGGUGUGCACAGUAUGAAAGAAUUCCAAACUAAAAUGCAGUCAAUAUUUCCAGCAAUUCCUAAAAAUAGUGAGUCCACUGUUGAAUGGGAAGACUUACUUAAAUCCAAGUGA